AUGUCGGAUCUGGGGGUGGACCUGGACCACCCCACGAUCUUGGUUGGGCAUCUUUCGUCGGGCAUUGCUCUUCCAUUCUCCUUUCCCGACGGCUCUCCCCGUGGAAAAUCAACCGAAUCCCAACCCAAAAGCCGACAGGAGGCCUUCGAAGGACGCAGCAUUCGAACGGGCCCCAACCGAGCCCAGUUUCCGGACAUCUACAGUCGCUACCAGGUUCACGAAAAUGACCCCGAUCCACCGGGUGUGCCCUUCCUCAGUCGACCCUCCGUCUCGAUCACUCCACCCCCGCCAGCCCGCCACACAACGCGAUCGGAUCGUCCCAAUGCGUCUUUUAAUCGCUUGCCACCAUCUAAGAACGACGAACCGAUCCAAGCUGAACCGGCGGAUGACUACGUAGAUGGGGAGGAUGUCAGUGAGGAGGAGACCCCCGACAAGCCAGUGCCCCCUCAACACCGACCACCACUCGCUGGUGGGGGUGGUGUAAUUUCCCAUGGCUCCAACCAAGUCAACAAUCUGUUCUUCGACCUAAACGACAAGUUUGGCGGACUGACGGGACUGUUUGGUGACACAAGCUCACGGCACAAGUUCAAGUACAAGCGCCGGAAACCGGGUCAACCUUGCAUCCCGUACAGCCUAUUCCACAAGCUGAAGUAUGGGCGCGACCUGCAGGGCAACCCGGUCGAUCCGAAAACGCUUCUGCCACAUCUGAACCUGGUGUUGGCCGAUGUUAACUAUUACGCGCCGAACAACUACGGUGCUGGUGGCGGUGGAGCUGAUGGAACUAGCCACGAUGGGACGGUGUUUAACAACCACUUUUACGACGCCGUCGGGGGCUACCCCUGCCAUGGGCCACACAAACCCCAUCGUCCUCACGGAGGGCCACUGGGGUUCUUCGGACAGGGUGGUUUGUUCGAUUGGGUGUCAUCGGCCGAUCAGGUUCAGGGUGAUGAGGGGGUUGGUGGUGAGCAGGGUGGUGGAAGUGGUAACCGACCGGCGGUGGUGUUCAAUCUGAACGACGCCAUCGACACGGUGGCGAGUAACUGGAAACCCGGUGAAGGCUUUCAGAUGAUGAUGAGUGUGAUAGCGAACUUUAUCACGCAGGUUGCUGGUGGUGCGGCCGCUCCGGUUGCAGAUGUAGCGUCGGAUGUGCGCAAUAUCAAUCGAGAGUUUUUCAGCCUGUUCGGUUGA